AUGACACGAGGCCACACAACCUCGACAAUACAAGAAGAUUUGCGACAUCUUAUGGUUAAUGCAGCGCAAAUGGUCGCGAUUGUGACAACGCGAAUGCCGACGCAGCUUUUCCCCGACCAUCCUUUCCAUGGAGCAACCGUAUCCUCCUUUGCUAGCAUAGCACUACAUCCUCAUCCUCUAGUCUCCUUUUCCCUCCGACUUCCUUCGCGGCUCGCCGACGCCAUACGCCGACACGACGAUUCAGAAAUGACGCACCCUCAUCUCGUCAUUAACCUCCUUUCUUCCCAGCAAGCUACUGCUGCACUCCAAUUCUCCCGGCCAGACCUAUUCCCGAAUCCCUUUUGGUCAUUACCCAUGGCUGACCAGCCUAUUCGCUUGACCAAGGAAGGCGUGCCCUAUCUGGGAGGUAGUCUUGGAAGCAUCUCCUGUAGUGUCGUGCGUUCCUUGCCAUUGGACUUUUCGACAUCGUCGGAGAAUCGAGAUGACCCUCUCACUCUUCAAGAGGCGAAACCAGGCGACAAUGAAAGAUAUACAUCAGAACUCUUUCUUGCACGCGUUGUACGCAUGGAGAAGCAUGAUGACGAGGGAGAACCUUCACGCAGACUUCCCCUUGUUUACCACCAGAAACGCUUCACCACUGUCAAGUAG